AUAAAGGCGUUUAUGUUCUGGCUGGGUCAUAUGACUCCUGGUCGUGGCCUCAUCGACACAUGUUCCAUUGACAUACGAAUUGUGAUAAAAAAAUGUUGUUAAAAUUUGUAUUAAUUUUGACUGCUGUAGUUAUGGUUAGUGCGAACCCUGUCCUGACGCGAUCGCCUUAUGAAGGUAAAUAUAAUACAACGGUGGUGUCCGUGAUAGCGCUGGAGGAGCCCUGCGUGCGACAAGGAGGCAUGUGUCUGAGAGUCGAGGAUUGCGAUCCCACCAAUGUUGUGAGAAUGCAAGCUGUACUGUGCCCAAAACAAAGGCACCUUGGUGUUGAAUGUUGCUAUGUGAGUUUUAAACAUAUUACUGUAAAAACAUAGCUAAGUAGUACUUAAGUUAACAAAUAAGAGUUUGAAGCUUUGUUAUGUAGUACUUAUGAUUUAUAAUUUUAUUUAUUUAAAGUAUGUUUCGUUAUAUUUGUUAAUAAGGUAAGUAUUAUUGUACUUACCUCUCACUCUAUGAUAGUAUUGUUAAUUUGAAUAAAAUAUUUGAUAUUUAACAGCAGUAUAUUUCUCUUACAAUAAAAAUAUCAUGUCCUUGUACACGCUAUAUAAUCGUAUAACCUGAAAAGAGACGUUGGUAACAUACUAUUACUUUUUUAUUCGAUAUUGUAUGUACCUUCGUUAUUUAUGCUAUGUAUUAAACAAAAUAUCUUCUUACAUUCUCAUUAAUUAACUUGUUUACACUCAUAAUGUAUUAUUUAACAAUUUAUGGUAUGAUAUGACGUGAUUUUUUCAAAGGAGGUCUCCUUUAAUUACUAUAAUUAGUAAAACAAGAUGUCACAAUGAGUAAAGACGUCAUACAGUUAAAAUAUUAUAUUUUAUAAUUCAACGCAUGAUUUAGAGUACCUCGUCGUAUAUUAAAUUAUAUAUCAUGAUUAAUGAAAAUCUGCCUUAUCAGGUCAUUUACAUUGGCAUUGGUUUCGCAUACGGACUUCAUUAACUAAUGUAAUGGAUCCAAAUCACUUUAUGAAAGUGCAUAAAAUUGUAGGUAUGUUUCUUGUGCUCACAACACAAUCAAUACCUUAAAUUAGCAGUUUCUGUAAGAAGUAUAUGCAAUGCAAAGUAUGAAAUCGGCCGGGAUGUUAUAAAGUACUUUUAUUUUCAUAUAAUUUAAUUCGGGUUACGGCAAAUGUUACUAAAUUUCAUCUUUAUUUUCCUAGAUAUAUAAAGUAAAGUAUAAGUGACCCACUUGAAUGACCUACAUAUUGAUAAUGACAACAAUAUCA